UGGCUCCAGUCCCUGCUUUCGUGCCGCCGGGCGCGGAGGCGCUCGCAGGGCUGCGGUUGAGUCACCCCGGGCACAGCACCCGGCCGGGGCCGGGGGCACCGCGCACCCACCGGGGUCCCCGAGGGGUGCUGGGGGGCGCCGAGCCACGGAGACCCCCCACCUGGGCAGGUGGUGGCUCUGUUCCGGGGUGGGGGGACCCCCCCCGUGUGCCCGCAGUAAACAGGAUACGAGCGGCUGCGGCGGGGAGACAGCGGCAGCAUCAGCCCAGCCCCGGGGAGAGCCGCGGGAUGAGCGGGGGGGAUCCCCCCCAGCGGCCCCCGGGUGCCUCUCCAGAUGUUGGCAUCGCUGGUGCACGCCCGGCACGCUGAGCAGCCCGUGUCCCCGGCCGGGCCAGCCCCGCGGGCUGUCCCCGGGCUGUCCCCGCCGCCCCGCAUGGCGCUGCAGCCCGAGCUGCUGGACCUGAGCUUCCUGACGGAGGAGGAGCGGAGCUGCAUCGCCCGGGUGCUGCAGCGGGACUGGCAGCUCCGCCGGCGGGAGGAGGGCCGCAUCAGCAAGCUCCGCAAGUCGGUGUCGGACCCGGCGCGGCUGCGGAGCCUCACCGGGGACUGGUUCUGCGACGCCCGCGCCCAGCGCCACCCGCACCAGCUGGGCUCCGACCUGGUCCGAGCCUCCAUCCGCCGCAGGAGGCGGCCCCGGGGGACGGGGGAGCUGGAGCGCCGCCCCAGCCUGGACGCCAUUGAUGAGCCACUGGCAGAGGAGAGGGAGGAUGAGGAUGGUGCCUUGGAGACGGGCAAGAGUUCCCCCCCCGAGGAGGUGCAGGAGGCCACUGAGCCCCAGCCCAGCCCCCCUGGCCCAGCUGUGGAGGGAACCCCGAGGUCACAGCCCAUGCUGCAGGGUGACACCCCCCCGAGGGAGCAGGAGAGCCCGGCCCAGCCCCCCCCAGGUGACACGGGAGGUCACACCCUUGGCUCAAGCAGCACGGAGGAUGAGGAGGAGGAGGAGGAGGAGGAGGAGCCGGACUCGGCACACGGCAGCCACAGCCCUGGGCAGAGACCAGAGACCCCCCAGACGGAUCAGACCCCCCCCGACCCACUGUCCCCACAGAACGGCCACACCCCCCCGAGCCUGCUGAGCACCAGCUCCUCCGUGUCCAGCCUCAGCUCCUCCACACUGAGCGGGAGCCUGAUGAGCCUGUACAGCGAGGGCGAGCUGGGCCGGGUGGCCGUGCGGGGCUGCGUGCAAUUCUCCCUGCGCUACCAGGCGGCCGAGAAGGAGCUGCAGGUGCACGUCCUGCGCUGCCGCCAGCUGGCCGAGGCCAAGAAGCAGCGCUCGGACCCGUACAUCAAGACCUACCUGCUGCCCGACAAGUCCAACCGCAGCAAGCGCAAGACCGCGGUGAGGAAGAGGAGCUUGGAUCCCGUCUUCAACGAGACCCUCAAGUACAAGCUGGAGAAGAGGGACCUGCAGGGCCGGACCCUGAACCUCUCCGUGUGGCACCACGACAGCCUGGGCAGGAACCUCUUCCUGGGGGAGGUGGAGGUGGCACUGGGCACCUGGGACUGGGCCAACACACGGCCCGAGUGGUUCAGUCUCCAGCCACGGAUGCCCAUCCCCUCGGACGGCCUGGCCAGCCGUGGCAGCCUCAACCUGGCGCUCAAGUUCAUCCCUGCUGGCUCAGAAGGAGCGGGGAUGCCACCCACGGGCGAGCUGCACAUCUGGGUGAAGGACGCUCAGAGCCUCAUCCCGCUGCAGAGCGGCACCGUGGACGCCUUCGUGCAGUGCUACGUGCUGCCGGAUGACAGCAAGGCCAGCCGGCAGAAGACGCGGGUGGUGAAGCGGAGCCUGAACCCCCUCUUCAACCACACCAUGGUGUACGACGGCUUCCAGGCCAGGGACCUGGCCGAGGCCUGCGCCGAGUUCACCCUCUGGCACCACGAAGCCUUCUCCAAGCGCCAGCUGGGCGGCAUCCGCCUCAGCCUGGGCACCGGGAGCAGCUACGGGCUGCCCGUGGGCUGGAUGGACUCGACGGCCGAGGAGCAGGGCGUGUGGCAGCAGCUGCUGCAGCAGCCCGGGCACUGGGUGGAGGCGCUGCUGCCCCUGCGGACCAACCUGGUCCCCCGGGCGUAGCCCCCCAGGAGCAGCUGGUGCCAGCGGGACUGUGGGACCUGGGCGGGGGUCUGUGCCCUCCCCUUCCAGCAGCAAUGAAGUGGCACCGGAGGGCA